AUGCAUAGCUGCGGUCUGUUGACUAUAAUGCUUCUGGCAGACGCCGUCGAAAUGUUUUCCUGGCAACCGAAGACUUUUCCUUCUAAGGUAAAACACAUUCAGUCAAUUUAAUCAUCUCAGUGGGUCUUUUUUUCCAACGCUCCACUAUCAAGAGAAACUUUCUUGAUUGUUUGUAGGGGAAAGGAAGAUACUCCUAUUCCUCGACACUUCUGCGGAGAAACGAACAGGAUAUAAACUUCUUCAAAGGCGUCAGUCAAUUUCUGUACCAGGUGCAGGAGAAUUUCUGACCACUGGGAAUUUUGACAACCCAGGGGGACAUAGCGAUGACGGCGGAGCAGGUCCGUCAGCGGGGAAGAAGAGCCGUCACUCGCGACCGCAGAGCAAAGUGGAGCCUUCCCUUACCGUACUACUUUGACAGCAACUUCCGUGAGUUGGCUGCGCGUCGAGUCGACUCGGUCCUUUCCAGCCCCGCAAGGAAGAGAGCGGGUCCUCGAAGCGAUGCGCUACUGGAGUGAGAAGACGUGUGUCACUUUCCGAGAAGACCGUCGUCAACGCGGAAAUGUCAGGAUUUUCCAGGUUCUCCUUUUUUUAAUAUCGUUUUUUUGUUUCAACUUCUCAAGCAUGACCGAAACUUUCCAUCACAGACGAAUCGAGAAGGUACCAUAAUGUGUCCACAAAGGUACCUCUCAAAAUGGAUCGUGAAGGCAUCAUAACGUGUCCAUAGUGAGACCUCCGGCAUAUCUUUUGCCUAUAUCUGAGCCAUCUCGGAGGUACUUCAGGGUCUCUCUCAAGUUCCUCUCACUUUGCUUAAAAUCCUCAAAGGUAUCUUCGAGGUACCAUCGUGAGACUUCAGAGCCUGCGAUAUACCUCAGAGGGUCUCGCGAUACCCUUUCUCGAUUCGCCUAUGAUUUCAAUAACUGAUCCCCAACUGUAAAGCGUUAGUCAUGGUCUGAUCUUUUUAAUGAGUUUUAUUUACUUGAACAAGAUAUUCGCAAAAAAAUUUCGUGAUGAUUUUUUUAUUCCAGAAAUUUCUAUCAUCCUUCUUUCGAAAAAAAUUUCUAAUAUGUUUCAAAUUGUACAAACAAAAUACAAAAAUCUUUCGAAAAUAAGAUCGGGAGGAAGUUUUUAUUUCUAGUUUUGGAAUAAAAAAAAAAUAAACUUGACACGCCUGUUUAAGACGACCGGUCAUUCAUCAACUGAUGACAGAAAACGGCUCCUGGAACAUUUACAUGCAUUUUUCGCAAACACGCCGACGCAAACAUGCGAAAUUUGUCAAAAUUUACUCACCAGCUGGUACCAGGGGGAAAACAGCAGUCCAGCGCGCAUGCAUCAGUUUCACGCACGGUAAACCUGGAAAGAUCUUACUAGUGCGCUGGCCUGCCGUUCUCCCCCUGAAUAUAUAAAUUUCAAGUGAAAUAAAUGUUUAUUAUUCAUUUAAAAAAAUAUAUAUUGCCACUUUUUCGCGGUUUUCAAAGUGAUUCGUUUUUUCGCGCUGCCAGAUUUUUUUUUCAUAUUUUUUUAUUGCAACAGUGAAAGCAUUUCAAACGCUUUAUAAAAUAAAAAAUACAUGGCAUAGACACUCUUUGAUUAUUUUACGGGGAGCGAAAAUUUACGUUCUGGUGAAACUGAAAAUACUAUUUUUUUUUUUCGAUUUCGGAAAAAUUAUUUUCAAUUUUGAUUAGUCCGUAAUAAUUUUAUCAAUAACCAAAUCUAUAAAUAUUUAUGUCUAUUUGAUUUUCUUCGUCAAUUUUUUAUUUUCAGGGUUCAGGAUGUUGGAGUUACGUCGGCCGGCAAUACAGACUUUUCUCGCAACCAUUGUCUCUCGAUGUCAGCUGCACCCAUCAUGUGAGAUUCAUCUCUAACGUCCUCAGUAAAAAGAAAAUUGAUUUCAAAGUUUUUCUCUCGUUGAUUCGAAGUUUUUUACCCACCGAUGAAAAAAACAGAAACAAAGGUUUCUCAGCUUUUCGUAGUGGCGCACGAGCUGGCACACGCCCUCGGCUUGUACCACGAGCACGCCCGUAGCGACCGCGACCGCUACAUCUCCAUUGACUAUUCCAACACAAACGCAAAUCUGACUUUUGCUUUCAAUAAGGUUCCCGAAGAGAUCACUUCUGGGGAUGAUCUUAGUUCUUAGGAAGACUCAUCCACAACGGACAAUCUCGGAACGAGCUACGAGUACGGCAGCGUGAUGCACUAUGCUCUCGGUUGGCUUGGGUGAUCUAUUUUUCGAACUUCGACUUCAGAUCAGUUUGCUCGUGAUGCGAGUCGGCCAGUGAUUUAUGCUAAAGACCGAAAAUAUGAGCGCUCGAUGGGAAAUCGGAUGCGAGCAACGUUCCAAGACAUACUUCAGAUGAAUCUUCUUUACAAUUGCAACGGUUGGUGA